AUGUUACAACGCGAAUUUGAGUUAACUCCACAACUAUCUUGCCCACAUACUUGUGAAGAUUCUGUUGAAAAUAUUAUAAGGAAAUAUAGUUAUAUAGAUCGCAGUAAUAGAGAAAUCAACAAAAGUAAUUUUCUUAAUUGUUCUAACCAUAUUUUGACUCCAAAGAAACCAACAACGAUAUCAGAAGAGAAUGAUAACAGUUUUACUACUCUAUCUAACAAUAGAAUAUUUGAUGAUCAUUUAUAUGAUUUCAUAGCAAACUAUUGUAAAGAAGAGAUUAGAAAAGAAGUUGAUUUGAAGGUAUCCUCAAAUAGUUCAAAGAAUUCAACUACGGGUGUUGGAUGUCAGAAAGAAUAUGUGGACAAAGCUACAUACUGCCGACCCGUCUUUAAUUUGUACAACCGAGACUUUAUAUUUAAGACCUUAGAACGAAAUGCAAAGCUUACUCGUUUGAUACAAGAGUUAAUUACGAGCCAUCAGAGAAAAAAGCAAAACGAAGUUUGGAAUAAUUUUAUAAAUGUUCUAAAAAGUAAACACAAUGAUUCUAAAAUGUUUGAUGAAGUUCCUGUGAAUGAAGAAACGUUGGGUAAUGUUCGGAGUUCACAAUUUAACGAUGGUUGCCAUGGCCAAGAGCAUUCAUGUGUGCAAUCAUCAAAACAAUGUAAAUGCUUACUGGACGAUAUUUAUGGAAACUCGAAUGAAAUUGAAGAUUUUAUAAAUCAUAAAAAUACAUGUCAUCAAGAAAAAAGUCAAUAUCACCAAGAGAGCAGUCGCUCGUUUUUGAGGUACCCGUUUUGUUAUCCAACAUCAUCUGUGGGACGUCUAACUAUGUUGCAUAGAGAAAAUGAACGUUUAUCUCAGCUUGAGAAAGAGAAAAAAAUAAAAGAAAAAUUUCGCAAUCGAUAUAAAAGUAAAUAUGAUAUACAAAUAGAAGAAGACAAGGCCUUAAAUGAAUCUGUUCUCUUACACUCAAAACAGAGUAAACUGAGACAUAUGACUGUCCAGACAGAACACAAUGUUUUGAUAUUGCGUAACUAUCCACCAAGCGAUAAUAAUCGUUCAGUCGAAGCCAGAUCAGAAGAACGGGAAAGUUUAUUGAAAAAUACAACAAAUAUGGAAGAACUAACACAAAAAUUAGAUUCUCAACCAGAAAUUUCCGUAAAAAACUUGACGUUGAAAGAAAUUGAAAAUAAACUAGAGUUGUUAAUAACUUCUAUUAAUAGUCUUAUUGGUGAAUUUAAAGUGAACAAAAACAUAAAGACUGUGUCAACACAAGAGAUAAAUAACCAUUUUAAUCAUUUAAGAAGUGUUGUAGUUGGAAGCAAUAUAAAUAAAAAAUGUAACGGUGCCAGUAAAUAUUAUAGUAAUUCUGAAAGUAUUCUACCCACGGGCAAAUGUAGUAUAAUUUUUGAGACACCAAGAAAAGAAAAUUCCGAUCUAAAAAAAAUCAAUGAAAUAUUUUCAAGGGAACUAGGGGAUAAUGCUUCAUCAAACAAAACGUGUGCGGUCCAGAUUACAUUUGAAGUUCCAACGAAAGAAACAUCUACAGAAGUUACCAAGUCCCUCUCUAAAGCGCAUAUAUUAGAAAAUGAUAAAAUAGAAGAGAUUAUCAUCCCUGAACCCGGUACAACCGAGAGAAUUACGAUAGCUGUAAACACCGACCCCUUGAAUAUUUUAACACUACUAAGAAUAUCAACACAGGCUAUGAAACGCUUUUUGUCUUUUAUGCCACAUAUUGAUUAUUAUUAUUAUCUAUCAAGAUUUUAUCUACCACAAUUGCCAAGCACAGACCAAAAUUUCAAAUGCAACAUCUGUGGCGCGAAAUUCACCAAGGCUUCUGAACUCAGUUAUCACAUUCAGGAACACGAUUUGGGAAAAGCGAAAGACUGCUGUGUUUGCCGACACGUUCUUGACCUGUCCCAUCGCCCGGUAAACAUCUAUAGUUGCUGUCAUUGCGGGCAGUGUUUUGUGAGAGCUUAUUGCUGUGAGCUUCAUCAGAAGGCUUGUGGACGACGGCUUGGCAAUACCCAAGGUGUAACCAACUCUAACUUGCUAAUUCUAAGAUAG